AUGGGCUGCGGAGGGUCGGUUCCGUCAAAGUAUGCUGAAGACUGCAAACAAACUGCAAGCAAGGCAUCUUUUGUAGACACUCGAGAGGAAGCCCAAAAACCGACAAGAUGGCAAGCAUCAUCGCUCGCUUUGCAAAUUGUCGACCCAGCUGGUGAUGUUGGCGAAAUCACUGCUCCUCAGGUGAACGGUCAGCAUGUUUUUCAGCCCUCAGCAGGUCAUGCUUGCACGAAGGGCCCAUGGGACAAAGACGACCUCAGCUACGGACCUGGCUUCGGACCUGAAACUCUUGACCAGAUCACGCUUCACCAACUGUCGGUGCAGCCAGCCUCAUAUGUGGUUGGAGGAGUUUUGGCCGAGACAGACAACUGCAACGUCCAUUUGGCUGCUUUGAUUCCGGGCAGGAGGAAAGUUGCAGUGAAGAGAAUUUCCAGAGAACACUCAUCGCAACCGUACAGGAUGCACGUUAACGAAGUUCGAUGCCUUAUGCGACUGCAACAUCCUCACAUUCUGAAGCUUUUGGGAGUAUGCGAAUCACAUGAUGCACUUGACAUGCUUUUAGAAUACUUUCCCAGAGGAGCUUUACGUGAUUAUGUGCGCAUAUCUGGUGAAUGUCAACAGGUGCUAACAGUAUUGCGCGACAUUGUGGAAGCUUUGAUCUACAUGCAUGGAGAGUGGUUUGCUCAUUUAGACCUGAAACCUCACAACAUAUUGGUUUGCAUUGAUCAGGCUGUCCGCGGCAAGCUUUGUGAUUUCGGGACGACCACGCGGAUCGGCGCAUCUGGUUGCCUUUGUGGCAUAAUGGGAACUCCUGGUUACCGGGCACCUGAAAUUGAUACUGGCGAUGAAUUCAAUGCCUACAAGGCUGAUGUUUGGUCAAUGGGCAAAGUGGCUGCAUUUGUUGAGGAGUGUUCAGGUGGACGCCUCGGUGUCGAAUACAUCUGCUUACUCGGCGCUGCAGAGUUACGCCCUUCCAUCCUGAGAUGCCGACGUAUUUUCAGUGAAAGCGAAGCAUCAAAUGUAAAGAGACUCCAAUUUGCUCUCUACAUGUUGGUGGCAUUUUGUGCAUGGAUAAGGGCUUUGAGACACAUAAUAUACUUUUUCUCACUUCUGUCACCUUUGUAUUUUGGUGCAUGCUCGUGCCAAAGAAUUGAAAUGCUUGGUAGCUCUGCAAUGUUCGAACUGCUUGACAAUUGCAAGUAUUGCGGCUCAAGUGCUAAGUGCGGCGCAUUGUCGGUCUUCCCCGAGCAUGACGAGAGCCACCAUGGAUCUUGA